UUCUUACAGAAGCACGACAAAAUAUGAGAAGGUUUUUUGGUAAAAUGAGGUCAGACCUCAUCCUGAGAAUUUCAGAGCUGAAGGUGCCAAAUAGUAAUCAUGUCUUUUUAUUCUUCUUUAUCCUGCCCCCCUCUCACCUCUGCUCCUAUCUUCUCUUUCACUGAGGUUGCCACAACUGUUAUCAAGACUUUGGCCAAGCAAAGAGCUCACUCCCUAUUCAGCCUGGCAGAGGUGGGGGCCAUGGCCAGGGUCAUGGCAAGGGUAUCAACAGCCAGAUGAUAAUUCUGACCAUCAGUGUUUACAAGCAGGAAUCAUUCUCAUUUCUCUACUCUCUUUUUUUUUAAGUGGAUUAUUGGCUUCACUUGAAAAAUUAAGAGUUUAGAAGCUGCUACACAACCCUCUGGUGCUCACUGCAGACAGGAGAAGGUUGCUCUUUUUAAGACAGGGUUUCAGUGGAGGAGUUAAGAUCUUUAUUCAGGUCUCCCAAAUCCCCAAGGAGUCUUUAGCCAUUAAAUCAUCUUUCCAUUCCAUUCUUCCAUUUUCACAUUGCUGGUUUUUCAACCCAUAUUUGCUCCUUCAUAUUUUGCUGUUUCAAGCUCUGUAAACUGUAGUUAGUAGGGCUUGAUUAUUACUACACUGUGGUGGUACCAGGAUCAUUCUUUAGGAAUUGUAAAUAACUGCACCAGAGUUUAAGCUAUCCUUAACAAUUUCUAUAGUGUAUGUGAUGAAAUCCAACUAAGCUGAACGAAGAAUUUUACAUCAAAAGAUCAUAUUAAAAACCUUUCCUGCUGUUUCAGGACAAACGAACAGUUAUAGUAGAAAAUUAAGCUGAUUUGCCAAACAUUUUAAUAAAUAAAAUGAAAUAGUUAAAACAUAUUGAUCCAAAAAGAUAUUUUGUCCCGAUCAUUAAAGGCUCCAGCCAUCUUAAAAGGAAGAUUUGUAAUGGCUGAACUGUUGGACAAAGAGCUAGAACUUUGGAGACCUUUGGGAUUUUUGACAUUUGUCUACCUUGUAAUGUGUGUGAUAAUUAAGCAAAGAGUCUUACCUCUAAGCUCAUCAACAUGUUUGAUUAAUCAUUCUGAUCAAAGUGUCUCAGCAUUUGUAAACUCUUAUGCAGCUCUAGAAAGUGUUUAUUUUGUGCAGAAAGUGUGCCUAGACAGUGUUACUGAAGAUCAUUCAAGCUUAAAACAAACCAACAUGCUGUGAGUAUCCUGAGCUGAAGGUGCCAAUAGACAGAAAGGCUUUUUUAUGGUAAACAAACCUUAACUAUUGACUCUUACAGGUAUUUUUAAACUAAUCCUUCACAUUCCUUCAAUUCAUGGUCCAUUACCUCUGUGCAAAAUCUGAAAUAUUACAAGAUCUUCAUAUACUUUCUAUAAGCUGAAAUGAAGAAUGAAAUUGUAAAGACAUAAUAAAUUGAAUCCCCUUUCUGUAUAAAGUUACAGCUUCUUCUGUAGAUUUAUUCAAAGAUCUUUAAAUGCUGGAGCUAUUGCAGUGCCUAUUCACUUUUUCUACUAAAUGCAUAGACUUCCAAUUUUGAAUCUCUCUCCAUUACUGAAAAAUGUUCCAAAUAAAGCAAUGAAAAACAACAAAAAACAAGAAACUAGGUUUGCAAAGAGGAGUUGGAUUUGCAAAACCAGUAUUUUGAUCCCAAGUUUUGUUAGACUUGUUAUUUGUCAUACAAAUUUUAGAGGCAGCUGCAGUUUUUUAUUCAGUCUGUGAGUAAAUGUGGAACUUGGCAGAUCCUGGAGAUUUAUGUCCAAGCAAGGAAAAAUUCCAAACUUCUUGUUAUUGCUCAAAUGUUCUUCAUUAUGGAAAAAAUCACUUAAACACGGAAAUGCAGUAAUGUAAGCAAAGAGGAUCCUUUGGAAAGUCUGUGACGAAGAUCUCCUGUCAUAUUGCACUUACCUUUGUGAGUCAGUGUGAGAUGGGUUGCUUCAAGAUUUUUCUCCUGUAAUUUGUGAGGAUUACUUGCAUAAUGUGUAAUUCACAAAUUUUACAAGAUAUUAAAAAAAUAAAUAAAUGAAUCUUGAGCCAUUUAGAGUUUUCUCCAUUGUGAUGGUGCUAACUGGCACAUUUUUUGUUUAUCAAUUUUAGCACUGUUUCCAUAACUAAUUUGCUAUCCUUUAAUGAAUAAAAAUUUGGAAGAGAAGUAUUUUUCAUGAUAGGGAAGUUCAUAAUAAGGUAUCACCAUUCAGCCUCCCCUGCCUUUUCAUUUUCACUUACUUAUCAAACAAAAAUGGACACAAUUGAAUAAGAAUUGAGAUAGAUGGUGCAUGUGGUGGUUAAGUAGCCAAUGAGAAGAAUGUUUUCCUAUAAGUAAUCAGCAUUCCACUCCCUUGAUAAUUUCUCAUUGUUUUGUUUGGUUUUUUUUUUUUUUAAUUGAAAACCCACAUUGUUUACAUGGCUAUACUUAGGACAGAUUUGCAUGUAAAGUCCAAGAUGCAAGAUAUUAUCUUUUUAAAAUAUUGCUCUAAACCAGUGGACAAUCAGAAUGAAAAAGUUAAAAAUAAUUUAUAAACAACCACUCUCAGUCUACUUGGUCCCAGAAAGUAAUCACAAAAAUAAGAAGCUUAUUUGGGUGCAAGCCUGAGAAAAUACAGCAGUCAUCAUGAAUAUUACUGAGAAGUAAUAUUCACAGACAUUCAGGCCCUGGACACCUAUAGUGGGAUGCAAAAAACAUUCAAUAGGAAUGGAAAUGGAGUUCAGCACAGUUCAUGUUUCAGCAUCCAUUCCCACCUAUCUGUAUUGCUUUAGCCCCAGCUCCUUGGCGUGGUUUUCCCUCAUGUCCAGCAGGGAAAGGAGCUCUCAACACAACAAAAAUCUAGUUCUAAGUUUGUCCCUGUGAGCAUUGGCACAGAGAAGGCAAUUCAGAGCUGUUAAUGAAGUUAUUAUUUUUACAGACAUUCACACAAUGGAACUUUUAAUUGCCAAGGACAAUUUGAGAGCUUUAAUUAGUGGUCAAAGGAUGACAAUAGUCACGGCAUAUGGCUUGUAUUAUGUCACAAUGAGAAUGAAAUAUUUCAUGUCUUGAAAGAUUACUACCGCUGACAUUUGGGAAAGUUUGAAAAAAAAUCCUGUGGCUUUCUUCCAAAAUAUAACAUCAUACACAUGGUCUAUGGCCAACAAAACACUCAGGACAGCCCUCAGUCGCUCAGUUGUGCCUCAGGAUGCAUCUUUGAAUUUUCUCAGUAACCUCUGCACUGCUGUUUAUCAACUGUUUACGGAUUUGAAACUUUAACUGGAUUGCCAGGAAGGACAAGGAGUAGGAUCCAGGUACUAUCAUCAUGCGUGGCAGCACCAGAAGAAUGAAGCAGGAGGCAGCUCUGACAGUGGAUCUCUGACAGAAAGUCCAGUGGAUUUUCAUGGAGGAUAAGUUCUUACUCCUGCAUGAUCUCACAUGGAGUUACCAGAAAGAAAUAAAGUCAUUUUCUCUCAUUCCAAAGACAUCUCCUGUUUGCUUCCGAAUUUUUUAAAGAAUGACUGAAACUCCUCUACUGAAUAUCCUCUCCUCUAAUGACAGUGAAAAUCAGAGCAACUCAACUGCUUGCCCAGAGCUGGUAAGCUGGUGGAACAUAGUGUACUAUAUAGUACCCAAGUACCUCAACACCAUCUGUGUUAUUGGUAUGCUUGGAAACGUGUUUGUUCUCUUCAUUUAUUCACUGCACAAAGGCCCCCUGAAGAUAGCUGAAAUCUACCUUAUGAACCUGGCUGUUGCUGAUCUUAUCUUCCUCGUGUGCCUCCCUUUCUGGGCAGAGAACAUCAGCAAAGAGUUUAACUGGCCCUUUGGCACUUUCCUGUGCAGCAGCAUCAGUGCCUCCAUCACCCUGAACAUGUACACCAGCAUCUACCUGCUGGUGGCCGUCAGCGUGGACCGCUACUUGACUUUUGUCCAUACCUUGAACCACAGAGAGAUAUGGAGCAAAACUAUGACCAAAAGGAUCUGCUUGCUCAUCUGGUUCUUUUGCAUCCUUCUGAGCAUCCCAGCUUUCCUGUUCAGGACAGUGAAAGACUUUCCCCAGUGGAAUAUUACAGCGUGCACCUUGGACUUCCCCACCCCGUGGUGGCAAACAGCUGAAAGCCUGGUACUCAACGUGGUGGGGUUUGUGCUGCCAUCCUCAGCAAUCACCUUCCUCAAUUUCUCCACCAUUCGCUCCCUACGAGCAACAGCAAGGGCACGAAGAGCGCUCGGAGCCAAGGGCUGCAAGUGGCACAAGGGCACAAAGGCAACCCGGCUGAUCUUCACUGUGGUACUGAUGUUCCUUUUCUGCUGGACCCCUCACCAUUUCUUUGUAUUCCUUGAUACAUUAUUCCAUACAGAAGUGAUCAAAGGCUGCUUCUGGGAGGAACUGAUCAACUUUGGGGAGCAGUUUUCUUUUAUGUUGGCUACCACCAACAGCUGCAUUAACCCCGUGAUUUAUGUCUUUGUUGGGAAAUACUUCAGGCAAAAGGCUUUAGAAGUUUUUUCACAGUUUAUUCCCUGUGGAUUUCCUUUGAGAUGGGUAUCUUUCAAAGAAAUGUCUUCAAAUUUCAAAGUGUUUCCAGUCAAGAGUAGUUUAACAUAAUGGUUCUCAGUUCCAUCUUCAUUUUGGUAUUUCAACUUGUUUUAUGUCACUGCAAAUGGCAUUAAAAAUUAAUAUUAAAUGCUCUGAUCUGGCCUCACAGACAAAGCUAAUUAUCUAUUAAAGUAAAUCACUUGGUUGAUUGCUUAUUUUUCCUCAGGUUUGCUUUUCUAGUUCUGUGCUAUCCAUCCAAAUGCAUAACAUGCAAUACCAGAAUUUUAUACCAAAUGAUCUAACCUGUCUGACCUAUUAACAGUGGCUUAAAAGAAAACUUUUUGACAAAAUACCAGAAAUAAGGUUCAUUUGCAGAAAGCCAUAAGCCAGCUGAAUAUUUUGCUGCAUGGUAUCUGUUGAUGACAGCUGCUACUCCACCUAUAACCCUAUUCAUAAAAUUACAACAGGUAUUACAGAGCAAAUAUGAGCUUCAUCUUUGGCUGAUAAAUGCACUUGAGCAGGUAUAGACUAACUGUGGUUAUUUUGAACAAUAUUUUAACUAUUUUUGCAUUUUCACAGUAAGAUAUAGAGAAUUUUAAUUCUUUUUUGUGCACUUUAAUUAUAUACAGUGCAUAACUAUUGUACAAGAUGAUGUAACACAAAGACAGGGUACAUAAAUUGUAAAAAAUGCAAGGUAGCCUCCUCAAAAGCUGACUUUUGCUGAUCCAGUAAAGUACUACAAAAUUGCUCAUCAAGUACUGUAAAGAUCCUUUUUAUUUUUAUAUGUGAAUAUAUCUAUUAUGGCCAUUGAUACUGUAUUGUUUUGAGGCAAAUCUUUGGAUAUUUAUGUUUUUAUGGAUCAAAAUUAAUAAACUACAUAACAUUUUA